AUGCACCACCACGGCAUCGUCUACGACAUCGGCCUCAACUUCACCAAUACCCCCGAAAAGACCCUGUCCAUCCCGACCUUCAACCCCACCCAAAUCACCGAGGACAUGCACACCAUCGCCCAAACCCUGCACGCCACCGCCGUGCGCCUCGAAGGCGAACCCCUCGACCGCCUCGCCACCGCCGCCCGCCUCGCCCACGCCGCAGGCCUGACCGUCUACUUCAACCCGUGGAAGAUGCACGCCGACAUCGCCGAGACCGGCCGGUACCUGGCGCGCGCCGCGGACGUGGCCGAGCGGCUGCGCGUGCAUGACGGGCUGAGCGACCUGGUGUUCGUGGCCGGGUGCGAGUACAGUCUCUUCAGUCGCGGGGUGUUUCCGGGGGAGACGUUCGAGGAGCGGGUGGCGUGGUAUGCGGCGCAGGUGGGUGCGACCACGGUUCCACAAGCAAUCCCACCCCGCGUGCUCGCCACAUCCCCGCUGCUGAACGCGGCGCUCCGCGCCUUCGUGACAGAGAUCCGCGCCCAUUUCCACGGACCCGUCACGUACGCCGCCGGCACCUGGGAGGCCGUGGACUGGGACCUGUUUGAUCUCGUCGGGGUGGAUUACUACCGUCGGGGCGAGUCGGCCCAGGCAUACCGCGCGGGGCUCGAGCGGCACCGCGUGGUGGAUCCACAAGGCACCAGCCAGAAGCAUAAGCCCCUCGUGGUGAUGGAGGUCGGAUGCUGUGCGUACGAAGGCGCGGCCGCCCGCGGCGAUGGCGGCUUCGCCUUGCUCAAAGGCCGGAAUCCCGAUGGGAGUGGGGUGUUUGAAGGGGACAUCGUGCCGACGCGGAGCGAGCGCGAGCAGGCCGAUUACCUGGAGACGCAGUUGGGGCUGUUGGCGAGGCCCGAGGCGCAGGUGAAUGCCGUCUUCGUGUAUGUGUUUGCGUUUCCCUGUAUGCCCGCCGGGGUCGGGGCGAGGGAUUUCGACAUGAUGUGUUUCUCGUUGGUGAAGUACUUCCCGGAGGAGGAGGAGAAGGGUGAUCGGGAAGCGAAUGAGAUUGGAAAGCCUCGAUGGGCGCCGAAGGAGGCCUUUUACCGUGUUGCUGAAUGCUUCCGGGCGAUGCGGGAGAAGUCGCAGCUAGUAGGGUAA